AUGUUUGGUGCAAUAGGAAGGAGAAUGUCGGAAUCUACGACUGCAAAGAGUGAUGUCUCAAUGAUGAAAUUUAAUACCAAGAAUACUCAAACAAAUUUAGUUCAUUGGGAAGUUCGUAUAAAAGAUGCACUAGUGAAAUGUGGCGAGUCUUAUGACGGUAUUGGCGAUAAAAUGAUUGAAACUGUGAAGGAACUGUGCCAUACAAUAGUAGCAAGUGGACCAGAAGAAACAAACAUGGUUUAUACAUGUAUAGCUGAAACAAUGGCAGAAUGUAUUUGUACACUACCAUAUAAAACUGGUAUAUAUGCUGGAUUAACAGCACUAAUGUCAACAUCUUUAAUGGAGGCUGCACCACUUGCAGCAGAAGCAAAUGUGUCUAUCCGAAUUAUUAAAUUAUGUGUUGAAAUAUUCAUAUCAGAAUUCGAGAAAUCUAAUUUUCACUUGUGUAAGAAUACGCUGCUAUUUUUUACUGAGCUCGCAAAUUUCUAUGUAAUUGAUUCAUCUCAGCUGUUUGCUAUAUAUAAUAUUAUUCUCCAGACUGGAAGCUCUAUUGAGGAUACCUUUUCAUAUAAUGGUGUAUCACACUAUUCAUUUAUAUUAUUUUCAAUAGUUGCAUAUACACUACCUUAUAUUAGGGAUGAAAUAAGGUUUUUAGAGGAUAAAGGCGAAAUAUUUAAUGGCCAGAAAGAGGAAUACACAUAUACAGGUAUUUUAAGAGAGAUGGACGCAUUUUACAACUCAAAUCUACUGGGUUACUUUGAAUUUUUAGAUAAGUUACUUUUAGAAAUCUGUGGUGAACGCCUAGUAAUGAAAAACAAUUAUGAAAACCCAUUUAAGAAAUAUUGGGAGAAGCUUUUAGAAUGGCAGAAUCAAGGAUAUCCUAGAAUACAAUCAAUUUUACGUUUUUAUCGUUCAGAAGUUGUUUCUACGUACUCCUCUCAAAUACCGAUUUUAAAAGAUUGUAUAAAUUUAUCUGAUUUUGAAAAAAUAAAGACUGGAUGUAUUACAAAGUAUUUACCAAGUUUGCUUAUAAGAUUCCCAAGGACUGAUUUUCUAGGUCUUAGUGAAUAUUUGACAAUUCAUAUCAUGGAUAAUAUAUUGAUAUCUUUUAUGGAAUCUCCAUAUGAAUCGGCUCGUCAAUUACUAAAGUUACCUAUUAUAGCACCUUCUUAUGAUAUUUGUCUUUCAAUUUGCUUAUGGAAUGCCUUAUUAAAUCCAUAUACAUUAUUUAGUACUGCAUACAUGAAUUUGGUGACUGUGAAUUUGAUAAAAUUACAAGGUUCAUUCUUAAAAAAUGUAUGGGCUCCUAUUUGGCUAAAAGGAAUUGUGGAUGUUUGUAUUGAACAACCAUGGACAUUAGGUUCUGAAUUUGAGAAAGGUAAGCUUUUCUUCAAAGAAACUUUAGGUGCAGAUAACUUUGAUAUUCAAUCUGGCUUAGGAGUUGAUGAAGUUAACAGCCAAGAAGAUGGUAAAUCUAAUAAUAUAGAUGAUAAAAAGAUGAAUGUAGAUUCUACAUCACCAAAUAAUAUCGUUAUCAACUACAAAAUUUUUCCAUCUAUUUACUACUUGUCUAUUGGAAUGCUUAAAAUUGCAAAAAAACAUAUUGCUUAUAUUUUAGCAUUAUGUGAUACUGAUACAAUACAGUUACUAAAGAAAAUUUUGUGGGAAAAUGAGACAUUUGGUUUUGCAAUAUUUGAAAUGGAUAAUAGUUUUGUUCAAGGAUUUAUAUCACUUAUAGUGAAUAAUAUGUGUAGGCUUUUGUUACCACAAACGCUUAAAAACAUACCAAAUGAAGAAUUCCAAAAAAUAGCAAGAAAGUUCUUGAUAUCAUCAGAUUCUUCCAUUAUUCCAAAAUUCUUUGAUCAGUUGCGAGAAUUUAAUAAACUUAGAGAACUUCUAGUAUUUAAACUUAAUUCAGAUGUUGAGAUAGAAAAACAGAAUAUCCUUAUUGUUGAAUAUCUUCGUACGUUGGUUGGACAAAAAAUACUUUGUAAGACAGAUCCUGAUGAGGAUGAUGAAGUAGCAAAACGAUAUGAGGAGCGUAUAGAACUCAGUGAUAAAAUAGUUUGCGGUGACUAUAAAACUUCAAAAAGAAGAUGUACUGAAUCUACAGAAACAAAGACUUGUGUUACUGAAGAAUCUCAGAUUUCCAAUUUAUGGUCAGCUGAGAGUCUAUUUGAUUUGUUGUUAGUGACAAUUCUAUAUCAUGGAGAUAAAAGCAUGAGUCACUUAAGCCGACUAUUCGCAAAUUAUAAAUCUUCUAUUUCACUAUUUUGGAAGAUUGCAGAGGAAGGAACUGAAUCUCAAGAAUAUGAAUCUAAGGUCAAUUCCUUACCUACAAAUCAGUUUACAUUUUGUGUUAGAAGAGGUACUAUUGGAAUACUAGAGAUUAUAAACAAUGGAAAAGUGGUAAUUUUGAACAGAGAAAAAGUAGCAGAGUUAAGAUUACUCUGUAUUUUGUUUGUAUUGUGGGGCGGUAUAACGGAGAGUGACUUGAGUUUUUGUAUGGGUAAUUAUACAAACAAAAUAAGAAUAGUUAUUUUUUCGGCAAUUAAUGAAGGUGCUAUAUCAACUAGUACGGUUUCAAAAUUCUUAGCAUAUAUUUUAUCUAGCAAGAAUUUUAUACUAUCACUAUUUAAUAUUAUAGAUAGUGGGAAGAGAUAUCAAUUAUUUAUUGAGUACUUCGAACUUUUAACUGAUUUGUUAGAUAGAGAACUAGCUAUACAAGAGUUGAAGCGUAAGAAAAAGCAGGACAAUGCUACAAAUAUAGAAAAUCAAUCUAAAAUCUUGAGUGAAGAUAAGGAAUUAUAUGAAAGUACCUCAAAUCUUUUGACCAUAAGUAAUAUGUCCUUCUCAGAACUGAUAAGUGACAUAAUUUUGAUUUUACUCCAUGAGACAGAAAAAAGAGUUGAUGAGCAAAUAAGUAAACUAUUUGAUAGUCUUAUCUUAGAAGUAGCAACAUUCUUAUGUAUUAGAUUUGGGUUUUGGCUUCAAGAUAUUGUCGAAUCUAACAAUGUGAGGUUAUCUGAAUUCCCAUCUAUAUUUGGAGUACUAAAGAGGUUUUAUGAAAGAAAUUUGGGACAUAUACUUUUUUAUACAAAUUCGAAUUUGAAAUUUAGAUCUUUAUCAAACUUUAGAAAGAGAUUAGAGGAGGAAAUGAAACACCAUCACUAA